AUGCACCUUGCCGAGUUGCCCUGGUCUCCUGGCAAGGGGAGACACGAGUGCUCGCCCUACGCUGCCCACUUGUACGAUGCGGAGGACAUGAGCUCCCCGGUGCGGGCUCUGCCCGGCCUGUGCCCCGCGUACUGCGCGGCCUUCUGGUUCCGAUGCCGCUCUGUGCUGAGCCUCCUCACUGGGGACCCUGCCAGCCUGGCACUGGAGAGCGACCGCGCUCGCUUCUGCGGCGCCCUGGAGCUGGGCGACCCCACCUACUGCUACCCGGCGGUGCUGGGCAGCGCAGCGCUGAGCCAGGGGCUGGGCCAGGUGCGGGAGGACGCCCGCGGCUGCCUGCAGCUCUGCCUGCGGGAGGUGGCCAACGGGCUGCGGAACCCCGUGGCCAUGGUGCACGCCGGGGACGGCUCCCACCGCUUCUUCGUGGCCGAGCAGCGGGGCUGCGUCUGGGUCUUCCAGGCCAACGGUUCGCGGGCCGCGCGCCCCUUCCUGGACCUGCGGGCAGCCGUGCUCACCUCACCCUGGGCGGGCGACGAGCGGGGCUUCCUGGGCCUGGCCUUCCACCCCCGCUUCCAUGCCACCCACACCUUCUACGUCUACUACUCCGCCCACACCGGGCCCCACGAGACCAUCCGCGUCUCCCAGUUCCGCGUCUCGCCCCACGACCCCAAUGCCGCCGACCCCCGCUCCGAGAGGAUCCUCCUGGAGGUGCUGGAGCCAGCGUCAAACCACAACGGGGGGCAGCUGCUGUUUGGGGCCGAUGAGCUGCUCUACAUCUUCACGGGGGACGGGGGGCGAGCGGGGGACCCCUUUGGCGCCUUCGGCAACGCCCAGAACAAGUCGUCCCUGCUGGGCAAGGUGCUGCGGAUCGACGUGGAGCCAGGGGCCGACGGCCCCCCCUACCGCAUCCCAGCCGACAACCCCUUUGUGGGGGAGCCCGGGGCCCGGCCCGAGGUCUACGCCUACGGGGUGCGGAACAUGUGGCGCUGCUCCGUGGACAGGGGCGACCCCACGAGCGGCGCCGGGCACGGGCGCAUCUUCUGCGGGGACGUGGGGCAGAACAAGUACGAGGAGGUGGACAUCAUCAUGCCAGGCGCCAACUAUGGCUGGCGGGCGAAGGAAGGGUUUGCCUGCUACGACCCGGUGCUGUGCGCCAACGCCUCACUUGAUGAUGUCCCCCCCAUAUUCGCCUAUUCGCACCAGCUGGGGCGCUCGGUGACGGGGGGCUACGUGUACCGGGGCUGCCACAGCCCCAACCUGCGUGGCCACUACAUCUUCGGGGACUUCAUGAGCGGGCGCCUGAUGUCGCUGCGGGAGGAGGCUGGCUCCGGGCGCUGGCACUACAAGGAGCUGUGCACAGGCCAGGGCCAGACCUGCGCCUUCCCUGGCCUCCUCAACCAUCACGUGCCCCACAUCAUCUCCUUUGCCGAGGAUGAGGCCGGUGAGCUCUAUUUCCUCUCCACGGCCACCCCUAGUGCGGCAGUGCCAGCUGGGAUCUUGUACCAGAUUGUGGACCCCUCCAGGCGGGCGUCCCCUGGACAGUGCAGGAUCAGCCCCGUGCCCGUUCCCAUCCAAGGGAAGCUGGUCCACUUCCGCCCAUCACAGAAAUUCAUCACACCCACCCCACUGUCCGCAGGGACCACCCCACUGCUUGGCACUGGCUCAGAACCGACAGGCGCAGCUGGACCCCCCAUGGUGUCUGUCACCCACCCCCCAGCCCCAGAGCCCCCUGCAGUGCCCUCUACCCUGCCCAGCCCAGCUGUGGCUGCCAGGCCCCCAGCGCACCCUGACUCUGGGGUGCUGCAGGUGCUUCCCACUCCCCGGCCAGGGCUGAGCCUGCCCCCUACCACCCCCAACUGGUACCAGCAGCUGCUGGAGCACCUGGGGGCCAACAGCAGCCCAUGGAGCCGCCCCUACUGGCCCCCAAGCACAAGGCCACCCCCCCCAACCCACAACCCCGACCCAGCAUCCAGCCCCCACUGGCCCCCCAGCACAAGGCUGUCCCCCACAACCCACCCAGCAUCCAGCCCCCACUGGCCCCCGAGCACAGGGUCACCCUCUCCAGUCCCCAACCCUCAGCUGCCCCCCACAACUUUGCCAUCCCCUGCCAGCCCUCAACCUCCUAGGCAGGAGGCUGGGCACCACCCCAGGAGGAUGGGGCCCCGGAGGCGACUGGGUGCAAAGGGCCCCACCCGGCAGCUGCCCCCAGGCACGGUGCGGCUGGUACACAGGGGUGCAGGGCCCGGGCAGGGCCGGCUGGAGGUCCUGGUGGGGGGCCAGUGGGGUACGGUCUGCGACGAUUUCUUCGACGGGCGGGCAGCCACUGUGGUGUGCCGGCAGCUGGGCUAUAGGCAGGCGCUGAGGGUGGCCCGCCGGGCAGAGUUCGGGCAAGGGGCCACGCUGCCCAUCCUGCUGGACGACGUGCGGUGCCAGGGCUCGGAGCACAGCCUGCUGGAGUGCCGGAGCGCCCCCCCUGGGCAGCACAACUGUGCCCACAGUGAGGACGUGGGGGUGGUGUGCGGGCACCAGGAAGGCCAGGGCCUGCCCAGGGGGAUCCGAGGGGGUCAAGCCCUGUAACUUCUGCCUCCUUCUUGCCCCCUGCGCUCUGGUGGGGGGAGGGGAGAGACACAGACGGCAGGGGUUGGGGGCUGGGCUGGGCCCUGCCACCCCCAUCCAGCCCAUCCUCUACUCCCCCCACAGCUUCAGGGACCUGGGAGCCACAUGGCCCAGAGGCCCGCAGGAGCAGCUGCUCAGGGUUCCUGUUUUCCUUUUACAGUGGGGGGGUUGAGAAUGGGGGAUUUCUACCCCCACUGCUGGGCCAGGGGGUGUCAGUUCUGGCAGGAGGGGCGGGGAGUCAGGACUCCUGGGUUCUAUUGUUGGCU